CUCAGGCACAAGCCCUGCGCCUGGAGAUGCGCAGUAAAACGGUUAUAUCGGAUGGUGCGUGUUAUUGUUAUUUCAGAGACAUGGAAAACAAAUUUUAAAAACAUUUAAAGGAAAUGAAUUCGGUUCCAUUCGCCUUAAUUUUACUUUUUAUAGGAAGUACACUAUUUACUUUAGCCGAAUGUACAAUAGGUGGUACCGUUAAUUGUUACCAAUGUAAUGUGUUCAAUCAAGGGGCCCGGGAAUUUUGUGCUAAUGCUGAGAGAAAAAUGUAUAACUGUACAGGUUGUAUGAAAACUAAGACCCGGGUAUAUAUGCACGAUCAAUGGCUCCGGUACAAGUAUGUGACGGUCAUCUCUAAAUAUUGUAUUCAGUACAUGAACUAUAAACUGGAGGAGGGGUGUUAUACCAAGUCGGCGGAUCAAGGUUAUAUCAGGCGCUGUUAUUGCUAUAGCCAUUGGUGUAACUCUGCCAACAAGAAUUCCAACCGAACACUCGUCACCGUGGGGCUCCAAGUGUUAUUCACAUUCUUUGUUUUUAACUGGAUAAGAGGAUCUUGAUUUCAUUGGAGAACUUCGUUAUUCUGGGAAAAUGUGCCUUAAUUAUAUUUACACCCUUGUAUGCAAAAAUAUAUGGCAGCUGAAAAUUAUCGUAACUAAAGGGUUUUGUGUGUGCAUAUCAGUGAUACAGUGAGCGAUGAUUGAACAAUACCAAAUGAUGGAAUAUUUUUCUAUAUGCAUAUACAUGUAUUAUGUAACAGUGUGAUGUGGAGUGCUUCCUUGAUUCAUUGAUAGCUUAAAUUCAAAGUUGCGCGUGAAAAUGAAUAAGUAGCUCGAUAUAUACGUCAUUAUACAUUUAUACACACAUUGAGUACUUAGUCAACUGACAGAUGGCGAUGUGAAGGAUAUAUCCUAUAUACCCAUCUAAAAAACAAACAAACAAACGUAACAUACUAGCGUCGUUUAAAAAAAAAAGGGGGGGGGGGGGGGGGACAAGGAAUACCCGAAAAGAUUGACAAGUAAAAACUCCAUAUAGCAAAAACAUUAUUUUUCUCAGAAAUAUUCUUGACAUGUGAAUGCCUAUUUUACCGUGACGUUUUCUUAUUGCAAGAAUGCGUUGGUUGGGUAUGUACUCUCACUCUGCAUAUAGUAUAUACUUGUACAUAUAAAAUCUAUGCGAUGUAGAUCUGCAUAAAAAUGACAUGUCAGAUGUUUUCUCUGCUAUUUAAUCUUGAGCAUUUUUGUAAAAUUAAUUGUAAAAUAUAAAUCUUAUAUUUCAGAAAUUAUUUGUAAUUCAGUAAUAUUCCCAAACAAAUAAAACAACUAGAAAUGA